AGGGUGGUUGGGUGGGUGUGUGGGUUUCUGUAUCGGGGCUAUUUAACAAGUGCUGACUGUGAGGAUCACCCCAGUCAGUCAUGGGUCGUCCUGGGAUUCAGAUGUGGACAUGGACACUGUGUGUCCUCUUGAGCUGGAUGUGUGUGGGUCAAGUUCUGGCAGGACCGCAGUACAUGGUAGCCAUUCCUGCGGUUCUUGAAGCUGGAGCUGAAACCAAAUUCUGUGCAAGUCUCCUGCAGCCCAAUGAGACUGUGGUCAUGACUGUCACUCUGAGGUCCCAAGACAAGAACACAACUCUUCUCAAACAAAUAAUCAGUGAAGAGUUUCAUGCCUGCAACCAUUUUCAGGUUCCUGUAGUGCAGAAUCAAGAGGUGCAGAGGUUCGAGGUGGAGGUACAAGGCGACACAUUUUACUCAAAAGAAGUCAGGAAAGUCAUGAUCAGAGUCUAUCAACCGAUGACAUUCAUCCAAACAGAUAAACCGAUGUACCUCCCUGGACAAACAGUGCAUUUCAGAGUCGUUACACUUGAUACCAGGUUUAGACCUGCCAGUCGACUGUACAAUAUAAUUGAAAUUGAGGAUGCUAACAAUAACCGGAUUGGACAGUGGCUGAAUGAAACAUCCAGUGGUAAAAUAUUGCAGCUGUCUUACUCCUUGAACUCUGAGGCUCGUGAAGGAUCCUACCAUGUUAUUGUCUCAUUUGGUGAAGAAAAAAUCUAUCACAGCUUCAAAGUGGAGAAAUAUGUUUUGCCUAAAUUUGAUGUGAAAAUUGAUACAUCUGAUGAAGUAAGUAUUGAACAGGAGGAAAUAAAGGCUGAAGUCUGUGCAAAAUAUACAUAUGGACAACCUGUGCCAGGCAGCGUUAAAGUUAAGGUGUGUCGACCUCUUGACAGUUAUUAUGGCCGCAUUAUAUUCGCUCCUGACAAUCCAGAGGGAAUCCCUGAGAUAACAGCCCCAUGCCACAAGGAGACAGUGCAGACAGACAAGACAGGCUGUGCCGCUUUUACCUUCAAGAUGUCAGCUUUCACAAAAGUUGACCAAAAGGUGCUGCGGGAUCACCUGGACCUCAGUGUCGAAGUGGAAGAGGAAGGGACAGGGAUUUCACGCCCACAACAGAAGAGGAUCCAGAUUUCAUAUGUUAUUGGAAGACUGUCCUUCAUUGACACACCCAAGAUUUAUGACCAGGGAUCAAAUGUGGAGGGAAAAGUUAAAGCAGUUCACUACAAUGAUACACCCAUUCCUGACAUGGCAGUCUACCUGUUAGAGGGUGAAAGGUGGUCAACACGUCAGCUACAGAAUCUCACCACUGACAGCGAUGGUGUUGCCACAUUCUCAUUUAGCACAGCUCACCUCCAAGGGGACAUCCAACUCCAUGUUAGCAGUGCACCGACACUGGACUACUCUGUUUACAGAACUGUAUACUAUGAGGCUGGACGUCAUAGAGUGUCUGUGGCCCAACUUCCUUCUCCUGAUACUAAAGUAGUCAGCUCCCUGGAGGUGAUGAAGAAGGAUAAGCCUCUUACUUGCGAAAGAGAAGAGGACAUCUUUAUCCGAUACACUGUGGUUGGAGAGAAGCAGGGCUCUGUGGAUGUAAUGUACCUGGUCUUAUCCAGAGGAGCCAUUGUCAUGCAAGGAUUUAAACAGGCUGAAGUGCAAGAUACAUCAGUGAAUGAGGGGGAGGUGUCCUUUAAGUUGAGUGUGCGACCAGAAAUGGCACCAGACGUCCAGGUCGUGGCUUACGCCAUCCUCCCCAGUGAGAAUGUGAUCGCCCACAGUGCUGACUUCUCCAUAGAGAAAUGCUUCAGUCACAAGGUGUCGCUGGAGUUUUCUCCAUCUUCAGCUGUCCCAGGAGAAGAGACCACCAUGCAGGUAAUGGCCCAGCCAGACUCUCUUUGCGGUGUGAGCGCUGUUGACCAAAGUGUCCUCAUCAAGGAGCCAGGGAACACUCUGAAUGCAGACAAGAUUUUCAACUUGUUGCAUGUCAGCAAAGUGUCCAAUGUUCCAUAUGAGGUUCAAGAUCCUGUAGAGUGCGUACAUGUGAGACCAAGAAGAUAUGUUCUGCCAUAUCCUGGACAAGAGAUUGAUGAUGCUCAUACAGUUUUCCAGAACGUAGGACUGAAGAUGGCAACAAACAUGGUUAUCCGAAUGCCUUCAUGCCUCAAGUACAAAGGAAGAGAGUACCACCAUGGCCACGGCCACUAUGGUUUAAGAUAUAGCCCAAUUCCUGUAGCAGUCAUGGAUGUACAGGUAGGUGCAUCACCCCUUGUGGGAGCCUAUCCUGAUGCUCCACCAAUAGAGACAGUCCGCACUUUCUUCCCUGAGACUUGGAUAUGGGACCUGGUGGAAGUUGGAGAGACUGGAACAAAGGACGUGUCCCUCACUGUACCAGACACCAUCACCACCUGGGAGACGGAGGCUUUCUGUCUGUCCCAGCAGGGAUUUGGUUUGGCACCACGUAAAGAAAUCAGGGUCUUCCAGCCCUUCUUCCUUGAGCUCACUCUGCCCUACUCCAUCAUCCGGGGGGAGCACUUUGAACUGAAAGCGACCACCUUCAACUACCUGACCAGUUGUAUCAUGGUCUCUGUGACUCCAACACCCUCCUUAGAUUACACCCUCACCCCCCUCUCUGGUAAUGAGUACAAGUCCUGUUUGUGUGGCGGUGAGCGAAAGACCCUCAGCUGGACCAUGGCCCCCUUAAACUUAGGGGUUAUGAAUGUGACUGUGACUGCUGAGGCUGUGGCAUCUGAUGUUUCAUGUGACAAUGAGGUCGUGAGCGUGCCAGAGAGAGGUCGUAUCGACGUGGUCACACGAUCUCUCAUUGUAAAGGCUGAGGGAACUGAGAUGACAAAGGUUCACAACUGGCUGCUCUGCCCCAAAGGAGAGGCUUUGACAGAAGAAAUAGACAUACAGCUCCCUGAGAAUGUGAUUGAUGGAUCUGCCCGUGCUUCACUAUCAGUCCUGGGUGACAUCCUGGGUCGAGCCCUGAAGAACCUGGAUGGGCUGCUGCAGAUGCCGUAUGGAUGUGGGGAGCAGAACAUGGCGCUCCUGGCUCCCAACAUCUACAUCCUCCAGUACCUGAGAAACACACAGCAGCUGACCCCGGCCAUCAUGGAAAAGGCUACCAACUUUCUGACCAGUGGCUACCAGAGACAGCUGAACUACAAACAUAGUGAUGGUGCUUACAGCACAUUUGGAUCAGGAUCAGGGAACACUUGGCUGACUGCUUUUGUGUUGAGAUCUUUUGCCAAAGCAAAGUCUUUCAUCCACAUCGACCCAAAAAAUAUCGAACAGUCUAAGACUUGGCUGGAGAGCAAACAACGAGAAAAUGGCUGUUUCCAACAGUUAGGAAAACUCUUCAACAACAGAAUGAAGGGUGGUGUGUCUGAUGAAGUGACUCUCAGUGCUUACAUCACUGCUGCCUUCUUGGAGAUGAAUAUGUCUGCAGAUGAUCCUGUAGUGAAGAACAGCCUGUCUUGCCUCAAGGAGUCCAUUGGCGAGCUCAGCAACACCUACACUGUAGCUCUGAUGGCAUACGUCUUCACCCUGGCAGGAGACAUGAACGCCCGUGCUGUCCUUCUGCAGCACCUGGACACAGUUGCUCUAAAAGAAGGGGGUAUCCUCCGAUGGUCUCAGACAGCUACAGAAACGUCAGCCUCUCUGUCUGUGGAGAUCGCCUCCUAUGUGCUGCUGGCCAAACUCAGCGCCUCCCCCACUGCUGAAGACCUGGGCUACACCUCUCGCAUCGUCAGAUGGUUGACAGGCCAGCAGAACUAUUAUGGAGGCUUCUCCUCCACACAGGACACAGUGGUGGCUCUUCAGGCUCUGGCUCUUUACUCCACUCUGGUGUUCAGUCCUGAAGGUUCAAGCACGGUGACAGUCCAGUCCCCCAGUGGCCAGCUGACAUUUGAUGUGAACCAGAACAACAAACUGCUGUAUCAGGAGAAGAUACUGCAGGAUGUGACAGGAAAGUACAGCCUGGAGGUGAAAGGCACUGCAUGUGCUUCAAUGCAGAUUUCUCUUCACUACAACAUCCCAACUCCUACCGAUGUCACAACCCUGAGUGUCGAGGUCAAACCAGAGGCUGUCUGCACCAGCAAAUCUCACAGACCCAAGUUCACCUUGAGGACAAAGUCUCUAUACAGUGGUAAGGAGACCACUACAAACAUGGUGAUCCUGGACAUCAAAAUGCUUUCUGGUUUUGCCCCUGACCCAGAGUCUUUGAAGCGGCUCAGAGGUGCCCUGCUGGUGGAUCGUGUUGAACAAAAGGAAGAUCAUGUUCUGGUGUACAUGCGAGAGUUACCAAAGGACAUAGGCAUCAACCACAGCUUAGAGAUCAUACAGGUGCUCCCAGUGCAGAACCUGAAGCCGGCCGUGGUCAAGAUCUAUGACUACUACCAGCCAAGUGACCAGGCUGAGACAGAAUACACCUACCCUUGUGCUGCAGCUUAAAGAGAGAAGUCGGAUCAGUUCUGCGCUCGUUAAGAUACUCCAUAUCUGCUGGUGUAAACGCACAAACUAACAGCAAACACUUGGUUAACACAUUUACUGUGUGACUACUGUAUGUGUCUGAAGUCAAACUCAUGCAUAAUGGAGAAUAAAAUACUGUCAUAUGAA